AUGUUGGGAGGAAUACAACUGUACACUACAGACGGCCGGGCAGUGUCAGCUGGAGCGGGCGGUCCUUGUCGACAGGUGGCAGUAGGUCCUCAUCACAUGGCGUCUAGUUCUCUGACCGGGGAUGUAGCUGCUGUUGAUACUGAUGAUGUAAGUUAUAAUGACUACAUCGCUGGUAAGAAACCAGACAAACAGCCUCACGUCAUCGUGAUGGAUAAACACCUAAACCUGAAGUUUCGCUGUAAAGACAUUGGUACAAUCAAAUCAAACGGAAGUUCCAGUCAAUCAUCAAAGUUUUACCCGUCUGAUGUUUGUUUUGAUGGAGCUGGUGAUGUCCUUGUAACGGAAUUGAUCACCAAGUCGGUACUCCUGAUUGACGGGAAUACUGGACGCUGUAUGAGGACUGUUUAUACAUCCGAUGGAAGUGCACCAUGGUGUAUCAGUCUACUCGAGGACGGUACCCUCUGGUACUUUACACAUGCAGCAACUCUAAUGAGAUGUUUGAUUCUGUUCCGCAGUCAAAAUGCGCCAGAAUGGGAUAGCUGGGACGCGAUUGGAGGAACAGGCUCUUUGAAUAGUGUGGAUUGUGGAAACGGGAUAUUUGUGGUGCCACAUUCCAACGAAUUCUACAGGGAGGACACUUUGCCAGUGAGCGCGUAUUUCCAGGAAAGCCGGAUGUUUGAUCCGGAUAAGUGUUUGUUUGAUCCCAACAGGAGUGGUCGGAGUGUGUCUCGCAGCUCCAAUGGGAGACGCUCCCAAACUGGGAGAGGUCGAUUUUCUAAACCUGACACAAGUGACAGACAGAUAAGUGGCAGCAUGUUUGGGAGUGUCAGUGGCGUCGGGGUCGGCGGGGAAACGGGUAGAUGCUGGACAUCUCCCGACAGGAAUGACACUCUCAAGGAUAAACAAAGCCUACAGCUCUCUGUCACUCAGCUAAAGGAUAGGUCUUACCCUAUGCUCCGCUCACCUGUGUCGGACAAAAAUCACGAUAGUGACGCUGAUGAUGAAACAGAUGAUGAGAACGGGUUUGCCCCUAAAAGGCCUCCCCUUCCUCGCGGGUACCGAGUGCCCUACAAGCCGGAGGUGUACAUGGGGCCACACCGACACUGGGGCAGCGGUGACCCCUACAGUUAUCCUGGUGACACAGACGAUGUGUUCAGCCCCCCAGCGGGCAAUAGAUCCGCUAUGGAUCAACCAACAUUCCCAAGGCAAAGUUCCAUGAAACCUUCGUCAUAUCAAACAUAUUUGACUGGUGAUCCAGUCAACGAAAGCUUUGGUCAUUAUUUUGGUGUGGAAGAUUUGAGUUCAGUUCAUCCCUCAUUUGUAGAUAAGUCAUUAGAUAGGUCACAUGACACACUGCCUAGGCUACAUCCUCUGUCCAGGCCAGACUUGGCUGGGCCGCAAUCAUUCGAGUUUCCGAGUUGGAGGUCAACAGACAGCACAUUACGCGACGACGGAUCACGUUCCACAUCUAGAGUUCAUUUUGACAAUUCUGAUUUCACAGUGAUUGAAAGAACGCUAGAUGGGAGUUCUGGGCGAGGCCGUCAGGUGGCUAGGGUCCCUCCCAACCAGAAAGAUAAUUUGGGAAGAGCGGGUUACACACGGGAGCAUCUUCAGGGGGCAGUAGACCGCGUGCGUCGUGGACCGCGCGCUCUACGGACACGUUCGGCCAGUAGGAGUUCUGGUCAGGAACUUGAUCAUAGUUUCGAUGACAGACUACCACCGGUGGUUCCGGGGAGAAUGACCUAUUUGUCUGACAGUGUGCUUCCUCUUAGAACGGGAACAUCUCAAUAUUCCGACCAGGAUGCUCCCGUACCUCCACGCAGAGGCCGACUGUCUCAUUCUGAUACCGAAUUUCCGUCCAGGACCGAUAUAGACCGCCAUGGUUGGCCGUAUGGGUAUAACAUAGACUUCUUUAAGUCGGAUAAGGGAACUGGUAAUAGGUAUAGUAUUAGCAGCCCAGGGCGAGGAAGUUCCAGCAGCCGUAUGCGGCCUUCAUCAGAUUCACGGGGCUACACCGGAGACGACACCACACCGGACUCCGGUAGUAGUGGUAUUGGCAGUAAAAACACGGGGUCGUCCGGCCCAUGGCGGCAGCAAAGGAAUAAUAGUGCGUCUGUGACGUCACUUCUGGGUCCACAUGACACGAGUCAAGAUUCGACUCAUUUACCUCCGGACUACAGCCUUCGUCGGGAGGCCUCAGGAGAUGAGAAUUAUGAGUUUGAUGUGAUGGAUACACUCAAUAAGUACUCUCAUAUACACCCCGUUGGUGACGAACUGUUGAGUGCACUUGAGAAUGGUCUCAGCACAUCCAAUUUUUACGAUGAUCUCUACCCGAAGCCUACGCGCCAAAGUCGCUACGACAACUCUGAAGAACGAUUCCAAAAACUUCGUCAGGAAUUCCAUCAGUAUCAAAGACAGAUCCACAAUCAAAGUGUGGUGGACUACUAUCCUGCUAUGGACAGUGAGAUGUUGUGA